GCCUGCGAUGCGAGAUGAGAAGAGGGUGCAAGGUCAAGUCAGCGUUACCGUGUGCUGUGCUGUGCGCUGUCGUGUGUUCGGUGCUGUACUCGCUCUACGCCUUCAGUCUCCGUGAUAUGACGCCUCCUGGUCACUACUCGCCACGGCGAACUUAUCGCGUUCUUAUGUGGCACAGCUUUCAGCACGAUUUUUUUGAUCGCAUAUUCGGACGCGAUGCCAUCGAGAAGUGCCCAUUUGCGUGCAACUUCAGCCAAGACCGAGCCGAGCUGGACAGAAGCGACGUUGUCGUUUUGCAGAGCUAUUUCAAGUCGUUUUGGAAAAAUCUGCCUCGUCGCCGCAGAGCCGACCAGGCUUGGCUGUUGUACGCCAUGGAGCCUCCGCACAGACUGCCUUCGAACCCUUCGAGGUUGGAUGAGCUGGGCAUCAACUGGACCCUCUCUUAUCGACUCGACGCCGACGUCGUGCACAGGCACAGCUUCAGGACGGUGCGCAAGCGAACGCGUGUCGAGAGCAUAUUGGCGCCGGACCCGAAGGCGAGACCCGUGGCGUGGAUCGUGUCAAACUGCGAGAGCUUCAGCCGCCGCGAGAGCUACGUGCAGCAACUGCAAAAGGUCGUCCCGGUGGACGUGUUCGGUCGCUGCGGACGACGGCGCUGCCGCGAGCGUCACUUCGGUUGCUACCGGGAAAUCGCGGCGAACUACUCGUUCUACCUGGCCUUCGAGAACUCCAUCUGCAAGGAUUACAGCACCGAGAAGCUGUUCCUGCCGCUGCUCAACUCGAUGGUGCCCGUCGUGAUGGGCGGCGCCAAUUACUCGGCGGUGGCGCCUCCGGGGUCGUACAUAAACUUCGCCUCUUUCAGGACAGCUCGAGAAUUGGCAACGUACCUGCUAGAGCUGCAAGGGAACCCCGAGGAGUACAAGCGCUACUUCGAGUGGAAAAAGCAGUACGCCAUAGAGAGGCCCCCCUUCGGCUGCACCGCGUGCGAGCAGAUUCAUCGGCUCUUCCUGACGCCUCCCGAGAGGAAAAGCAGCUUGUACAAGUACCUCUGGCAAGAGGCAGGUUGCACCACGUGGCAGGAACUGCUCAACACGAAGUGGUCCUAAUGCGACGCCAUCGAGGUCGCGGGUACGAUUCCCGGC